AUGCCUGAGAGGGGUCAUAAGUUCUUAAUGGCUUUGUCAUCACAAAGGAAACAAUCAUUCGGUGAAACUGGCAGCAGAAAAACGAUGUGUCGAUCAGACAAGGUCACCAGAAUGAUGGCCUCGCAGGAGCAGGUCUGGCCAGUCCCAAUGAAGGCAAUUGGAGCACAAAACCUUCUGACAAUGCCUGGAGGAGUCACCAAGGCAGGGUAUCUUCAUAAAAAAGGAGGCACCCAGCUGCAGAUCCUGAAGUGGCCACUGAGAUUUGUGAUUAUCCACGAGGGAUGUAUCUACUAUUUUAAGAGCAGCACAUCUGCAUCUCCCCAGGGUGCAUUUUCUUUGAAAGGUUACAACAGGGUAAUGCGGGCAGCUGAGGAGACAACAUCAAGCAAUGUGUUUCCUUUCAAGUUAGUUCACAUAAGCAAGAAGCACAGGACAUGGAUUUUUUCAGCUUCUUCUGAAGAUGAAAGAAAGAAUUGGAUGCUAUCCUUAAGAAGAGAAAUUGGUCACUACCAUGACAAGAAAGAAACAUUAAUAGAAUUCAGUGACUCUGGUUCUGAUGCAGACAGUUUCUAUGGCUCAGUAGAACGUCCCAUUGACAUCAAGUAUUCCCAUCAUUCAGCAGAUAAUGAAGAUUAUGACCAGGAGGAAGAGGAUGAGUCUUAUUUGCAGCCGGAUACUUCUGACAUAGUGAAAGAUGAUAUGGUCCUGCCCCCUGCGUACCCUCCUCCACCCGUUCCUCAUGUCAGGAAAUCUGCCUACUCAGAAGCAAGGACACAUUCCUAUGGUGCAGCACCACCACCACCUCCUAAGAGAAGCUUACCUGAAAUCAAACUCGAGCCGCCCCCUGUGCCCCCUUUACCUGUGUUCAAAAAGCCUGCAAGUGGCAAAGGGGCUCACCCACUGCCUCCAGAGCCUCUGCCUCCAGCACAAGUCCUCACUCCUCCAGAAGCAUGUGAGAAGAUAAAAAGCUUAAACCUUUCCCCACGGACUCCUCCUCCUCUGCCAGGCAAUAAACCCAAGUUGUCACAGCUUGUUGAAAAGCUAGCAGAGCCCAAGGUGCCACGGGAACAUGGUAAACCUGGACUGUUUGUGCCACCAGUGCUCCCAAAGCCACCUGUGCCAAGCCACCAGCCCCCUGCAGUCAAACCUAGAACAGAGAAAUCUUUAUGUCACCAGUUACAGAGAUCACCACCAGAUGGACAAAGUUUUAGAAGUUUUUCAUUCGAAAAACCAGCACUACCCUCCAAGCCAAGCCAGCCUGAUGAUAACUCUGAUGAUGACUAUGAAAAAGUUGGGCUGCCUGCUUCAAUAUUUCUUAAUACCACUGAAUCCUUAGAAGUUGAAAGGAUAUUUAAAGCUAAUAGCCCACAAGGACAACCACAAAAUGGAUUGUACUGUGUUAGGAACUCAUCUACUAAGCCUGGAAAGGUAUUGGUUGUAUGGGAUGAACCUGCAGGAAAAGUGAGAAACUACAGAAUCUUUGAAAAGGAUGGCAAGUUUUACCUGGAUUCAGACAUCCUGUUUUUGAACAUGGGAAGUUUGGUGGAAUACUACAGCACUCAUGUCUUACCCAGUCAUGACAGCCUGAUUCUCAGGUGUCCUUAUGGUUACUCUAAGCCAAGGUGA